UGUUUUUUAUGUUUAUAGGAGAGAUGCUGCAAUGGAGGCAGGAUUAAAGAAAGCUAUUGCUGUUCCCAUGAAUCUUGCUAGAGCUGUGAGCAAAGUGUGGGAAGCAACAAAGGAAUUAGCUGUUGUUGCAAAUAUUGGUACAAAAUCUGAUCUUCAGGUUGGUGUGAAAUGCUUAGAAACAGGUGUGCUUGGUGCUUAUUGGAAUGUAACCAUCAAUACAGAAGGAAUCAAAGAUGAAAAAUAUAAAAAUGAGGUAUUACAAGAAAUAGAGCAACAUCGCUAUCUGGCGGAGAAGAACUGCAACGAAGUUCUGAAGUUACUACAAGAAAGAAAGGCUUAAUACCUGAAAUAAAUUUAAAGUGUAAAAUUAGGAUUAAAUUCCGACGCAAAAUCGCGGCUUAUUCGAUGUAAAUUUGUGUCCAAAUGGCACGAUGUGGAUCUAAUUUUCUGUUGGAAAAAUUAAAGUUCAGAUAUUAUAAAAUACAUUUGUUAGACUAAAGAUGAAUUUAAUUUACCUAGGGAGAUGGAUUGAAUGAAGAUAAAAGUAUCUGUUAUGCCAUUUUCCCAUUAAUAAUAAUUGAUGUAACUUUAUUAAACCACUUCUUGCCCAAAUAUAUCUAUUUUAUAUAUAUUA